GACUAAAACUAUAAUCGGCAUUUGAAGCCGAUAUUGAAGGUAGAUGGAUACCAAUUACACAACCAUCAUGGAUGAUAUAGACACUGCUACAGAGAUCAUGAAUUCGACCAGUGGUCAUGAGAUACCUGGUCUUGCCUAUGACAGUGCAUCCCGGAUAGCUGCUCUUUCUAUCGUGUUUGCCAUCGGUCUGGUUGGAAACCUACUCGUCUAUGUCUGGCUGUACCAACAUCGGAAGGAACAGAACAGAAUUCAAGUUUACAUCACUUCGCUGACGACCACCGAUGUUCUAGUCCUUUUCGUCAUCCUUAGCGAGCUCAUUCAAGAAUUGGAAGGUCGUGUUUGGAGGUCCAGUGAUGCAGCGUGUAAACUCUUUCGGCUGUACGAGAGCCUCGCGCUGAUGGCGAGCAGUAACAUGGUGGUAGGCAUCGCCAUUGACCGUUACCAUUCGGUCAUCAGAGCCUUGAAGAAACCCCUACCUGAGCUUUGGGUCAUCGGGGUAGCCUGGAUGACGGCCUUUGUCUGUUCUUUACCACAGCUUGCAGUUUUCAGAAAGGAUUCUAAAUCGCACGGGGCGUCAUUCUGCAUGACAGGAUUUGGAAAGUUGCCAAAGUGGCACAUACAACUGUACGUAACGUACGUUUCAUUGGUCGCCUUUCUCAUUCCCUUUAUAAUCAUUUGCUAUACCUAUCUUCGCAUUCUCCUUCGCCUCUGGCUCGGUGGUGGCUCUUCCAUGUUCAAAAACAAGUCAAAGUGGCAGCGGACAUCGCGAUGGAGGACACUUAAGAUGACCAUGGUCAUCAUCUCCGCCUACGUCCUGUGCAAUGUACCAUUCUUCAGUAUGCAACUCAUACGUGUCUAUGUAAGUAUGGAAAAUUUUAAUAUGGUUAUCUACGGAAUUUUUGGCAUUUUUGCCUCAUGCAACAGCGCAACGAACCCGUAUGUUUUCCUAUUCUUCAAUGUCUGCAAGUCAAAGAAGGGGUAUGAGAAGGCUGGGUCGACGCAGCAGACCAGUCUUGAAGCGUCGAACGUUUCAGCCGGCCCCCGCAUAUAUCGGGAAACACGGCUAAGCAACGGCAAUGAAAAGGUCCAGCAAAUUCCCUAAAUAACGUAUUUUGGUGAUAACUUUAUGUCAUCACAUCACAUGAUCCGAUGAGGAUGAAAAUAUGUGGACCCUUCCCCCUUUCCCGCCUCCCAAUGAACCUGGUCACGAUGCUUGAUGAUAUUUUAUCAUGUCCAUAUGGACGUCGAAUGCAACAACGACAGAGACGUUGACAAAACUUUGAGAUCGACCUCGCCUUUACUGCAGAAGAAUUUAAAAAGGGAAUUGGAGAAAGGUGGAGACAUGGAAUCAUCUAAUUGUUAUGGUGUCAGGGAUGUGUAAGCACAGCUUUCAGUGUGGUGAGUGAGGGAUUCCUAGCGACUUCAAUUAGUGAUUAAGUGCUUGAACCUAGAAACUUAAAACGAGGUACGAUUGAUUUCAAAGCAUCUGUGCAUCGACGACAAACAAUCAAGUGAUAUAAUGGGGGAAGUCAUCGACUUUAUUUUUCUGUAGAAAUAUACAUCCCGAGAAGUCAAUGCUCACGACUCGUCAUACUCUCUAAUCACGUUAAUGCCAAGAAGGGAGGAAAACGAAGUACGUUGACUGGUAAACCUAAUUAAGCCAUUCGCGUGUGAAACGUCGUUCUGGUCUCCGCCCAAGAGGUUAAGCAACCAUCUUAAUAAAAUGAAUUAUUUAAUCCAAUUGAAAAGUAUGCAUAAUAUAAUCCUUAAAAAAUGCAAAACGGAGUGAAGAAAAGGCCGAUAUUGAAAUUAUAUUUAUAUUUCUUUUAAAAAAAGCCUACAUUAUGGUUGAAUUUUCUUUAAAAAAAAAGUUAUUUCACCAUGUUGACUACAUUUUCCCUGUCUUAAACUAAGCGUGUCAAACCUUGCAAUUAUCUAUCAGAUUUGAUAUGUUGCUUGAAAUGUAAUACUAUUGCAAAUGAAUUUUGUCAUACAAACUUUCAUUGAAAUUAUAGCAUUUUACAAAACACAGAGAAAGCUAACGAUAACUGGUAAUACUUGAAAGCAACGAAGCAAAGUAAUUUGGUCAGUUUGUACAUAACAGAUUCUAUACAUAAUGUAUAUUAUAUUGUGUUGUUGCUUUAUAUAUAAAUUGUAUAUUGAUGUUUUUGUGAUAUGUGCUAUACUACAACUUUACAGGCUCCAAUUAUAUUUCGUUUCUGAUGUGUGGACCAUUAUUCUGUUUAUCUAAUGGAGAUAUUUCAUCUCCACCGUGCACGGGCUGCACUGGCAGUAUACAAAUGUAGCAAAUUCGGAUAUGGAUUCCAGUGUUAGGACAAACAGUGUUAGCUUACGUGGAUAGUAUUUUGAUCAUCGUUCUGGAGAAAUACAACUGAUGUGUAUGUAUGCAUGUACACUGUAAAAACGCUGUUUAAAAUUUUAAACAUGUUCUUUAAGCCCGUCACUCUAAUAGCUAUAUUAUUUAAACUUUUUAAACGAGCUACUUGUUGUUAGAGUAACAGGCUUAAACAACGUGCUAUUUUGUCACUGUGUAUAUAUAUAUAUAUACAUAUAGCAAAAGUUCAAAGAAGUAACGAUUUGCAAUUUGGAUUAAUAAUUCAGUUCUAUAAUUAAAAAAAUCAUUAUGUUGAAGAUGGCUGGAAUAAAAAAAAACCUAAACAAAUUGUCUUAAAUAAAUUUAAUUUUGAUCAUUUUCAUUUUUGUGAGAUUAAAAAAAUAUAUAUAUUUCGUAGGAUAUGAUAUAAGACUGUUAAUGAAAACAAUUAACACGAUGUUGUAAAUCAUAAAAUCAUGGAUAGGGCGGGGGAGGUCUGAAGUAUUAAUUUUUGACUUAUGAGAACUUUAGAAACCAAUGAAGAUACCCUUUUAUGCUAACCACACCUUUUCCGAUUACAGUGGAAUGUUUCUAUCGCUGUGUAUAAGCACCAGCCGUAGGUGUCAUAUUUAAGAGUGCCGUUGCUGUAAUCAAUCUCCCUAUCUUUUUUUUUUUUGGGGGGGUGCGGCAUUCGAAUACAGCUAUAAUAAUGAUAUUAAGUCCCUUGACGCUCUGUCUGCAUUUCUUUCCAGCAUUCGGAUUAGCAUCAAUAAUACGCCAAGUAAGACGGCGCGUGAUGAUGUGAUGUUUGUACAAGCUUUCUGUUUAUGAUAAAGGCGUUAAUUGGUUAGGCCGCCAUUGCGCGGUUACUAAGUACGUGGUGAAGAGGCAGACAAGUGUUUACUUUGAACCCCUCUUGCCUCUUUAUCACUAGCUGUCAGAUUUCUGUCAGUGCAAGGUAAAUGGCCACAGUGGUGACGGAGAUGGUGGAAGCGGUAAGAUUGUCUGGAAAAGGAAGAUCCACCCCCGCAUUGCUUUGUAGACGGCAUCGAAGUAAAACAAUCCCUCUGAUCAGGAUUUGAGUUAUCCUCUCCUUCCAUUAUUUAAAGCUGUUCAUUUGAAAUGAGAGUCCAUAAAUGUCCCAUUGUCCAUUGAUAUGCGGUUGAACAAUUCAUUGGAUCCAUUUGUUAUACCAGUGUAUUAAACCAAUUUGUGAAUAUCAAUUAAAUACCCCGCAACGUGGUUUCCGUUUGGCGGAUUUGAUAUUUACACUCCUUAUUCUUUAAAUGAAUUAUAUAUAUAUUGUUUGUAAAGAUAGUGAUAUAAAUAAUACAAUUCGACACUCAUCUUACGCUUAAAAUCAUUUUUUUUUCGAUUUAUUUUUCAUAUCUCUUGAAUAAUAAUUUCAACUUUUUCUUGAAAAGAUUAUUCAUCAUCUCCUCGCACCAUCUGUGUUAUCAGCACUGUUUUACUUUCUUUCCUAUAAGUGUUGCUGUUUGAAGAAUAUAUCUGUUCUUUGACUGAGUACUCUGGCAGGUGAAUGGCGGAGAUGACAAUUCUCCCAUCUAUUUCUAGCUACGCCCCCAGAAAGGGAUCAUGAGCUCAUGAAUGAUCCGCCAUCACCACUCUUCUGUUAUCUUUCUCAUCCUGUGUAAGGUUCUCAUAUUGAAGAUCAAUGUCCGCACUUUGUCUAAGCAUGCAAAUGGUGCAUGAUGACUUUGUCUCACUUUCCGUGUGCGUGUGUGUGUGGGAGGGUGUUUGGGUGAGUAUGUGGGUGUGCGUGUGUAUGUGUUUUGACGCUAUUAAAAAUAUAGUAUUAAGUCGGUGACAUUAAAAUUAGUUUAUUCAUGAAUGCCACAGUAUCUUACAGAUUAUAAAAUUGAGUUUAAAAUGGCGUUAUGAUAACUCAUACUUCACGAAAUACAUCAUGGUCAAUAAAGAUUGAAAAGAUAUCGAUAAAUUUCUUUACAAAGAAAAUUAUGUUUGAACUGACCGAUCUUAAUUUAACGACACUAAACAAUAUCGAUAUUGCUUGGCUAGCGAGUAAAGUCCGUAAUAAACGCUUUUCGUAUUUUAUGGUUAAGAAUUCAUGUUUAUUUGUUUGAAAUUAUAAAAAUGUAUUGCAUGUGACAAUUGUACACAAAAUGGCAACUUGUCGCUAAUGUAUAUUGCGUCCUUGUCAUUUAGUUAGCAUUCAAGUUGUCAACAGCAUAUUGAUGAAAUUACCAUUAUCCUACUUAUAGUUUGAUUAGAAAAUAAUGUAAUGACGCAAUACCGAUGCUUUCUAUUUUUGUCAAAUAAGAAGAGAAUUUGGUCCAUUAUUACCUUGUUAUAAUCAGAUCAAAGAAUAUUCGUGCAUUUGAAUUUGAUAAUUGUAAUAAUCGAAAUUUGCUGAGCACGGGUCUGCAAAGAAAUAACAUAUAACAGCAAAUAAACAUUUUCAUCGAGUAUUAUACAUAUGAUAAUGAUAAUAACAAUAAUAAAACGUGUAGAAUAGGUAAAAAAAAAUCAGGCAUCAUUAUUGCAGUAAUGAAAGCAGUUUUAAAGCAUCAGUGUUACGUCCUCGUAAUGUAAAUUUAAUUGGAAACAAAAAUUUAAUGGAUUAGGGCCUAAAAAAAUUAGGAUGACAUUAUCCUUGCCAACAUCAUAACGUUUUAUUUGGAUACAUUCUCCCAUUGGUUGUAUUCUGGUGAAGAUGCAGGUGCAUUUUAUAAUAAAGGUCAUAAACAUUAUGCCUUAUUAUUGAUGAUUUUUUGAAGACUACGAGACCUUUCUAAGAUUUCUUGUCAUUCUCAUUAUGGCAUGCUCUUUAGCAUUUUAGGGUCCUCUUCUACAUCUUGCAUCUUUCCCCAUCAUAUUAUUCUUCCUGCACGACUUUAUCGUAGUCAUAUUCUCCUAUUUUGGCUCUUACGAUUUCUUGUUUAUUCACAAUUAGUGUAAUUGCGAUUAACCAAUGUCUAAUGAUGGAAGGAAAUUGCAACUUCCUCCAUAAGCUAAAGAGGUUGUUAAUAAAAUGGGAAAAUUCCGGCUGCUGUUCGUCUUACCUAAGCUGGUGCCUCUCAAGAUAUAUUUGUUAUUAGGAGAGAGGAAAUGAUAGGACAACUCGGUGAAUGAUAACAUCAAUUUUAGGUUUACGUGAAUAAGUAACAAAAUAAGCGUGGAAGGAGAGAAACAGAGGGAGAGAGAAGAGAAGAUAUUUCGUAAGGACAUAUUUACAUGCCUAUUGCUUUUGCCAUGGAGAAUCCUAAAAUAUUGCAGGAAAUCUAGUGCAACGUUUACGUGGUAGUAAGUAAUUCUUAUUUAUGUCUCGUGUAAAACCAUGGAAUAUAUUUAGCAUCCUGUGCAAAUAAUAGUGAUUGACGGUAGUAUCCCCCGUCCAUCAAUCACGAACUUUAUCUCUCAGAUGUAUAAUAAUAGAAAACGUAACUAUCAAACAUUGUCCUACUGCGAGAACAUCUAGCGAACAUGCUCACGUCAGUACCAGUUAGAUAACUCUUUUCUAUGUUCUGUCUUGUUCCUCAUGUGGAAUUGGUUUUACUGUACCAUGGUGACGCAUAAUCGUAAGUACGCCCGAUGUAAAUACCGCGAACAUCUCAACCUAAAUGUCAAGCUUUGUACGAUACUGUCUUGAAGUAUUUUUUUUUAUUAGUGCAUGUCUGGAAUGCGGAUAUUGUCAAUUUCUUUUUUUUAGUUUUCACCUUUAAAUUUUGUUAUAGAGUGAAAACUCAUCGUUUUAUAUAUCAAUGGCAUCAUAUAAUAACAUUACAUUCUUUUCAUGCAUUGUCUAGUCAAACGCGGGCAGCAACUAAUUACUGUCCAAACGCUUUUUGUCUGCUUUUAACAAACCAUGCAGCUGAAUUAAAAGGCCGCUGUAGUGUUGGUCUACACACCUGGGUAAACUUAUGUCAGGUUCAUCUAUGUCGCUCUCCUUUGAUGUCUCAUACACUCAAGAAAAAGAGUUGACCUCCUGCUGCUCCAAAAAUAAUGAUAAUCCCAAGAUUAUCAGGCAACCAAAUAUUUGUUUGUAUAAGGAGCCAGCUAACGAACGCGAUCAUUUGAUGAUAAUUGCCUUUGAAAACCACUCGUAUAGUCAUACACUUCACUCUAAAAUGAAAAUGUAGAGAGGGGUAAAUUGUCCUUUUGAUAAAAAGGCCGAGGAGUGACAGCAUUUCAACAAAAAUGAUGACAAUGAUGUCACUCCUCGGCGAUUCCCAAAACUUUAUGACCGUUUAUCCUUUUUUGGUUUAUUUGAUUUUUUUUUUCCUAUAAUAUGUUUGAUGCCCGUCACACCAACGAGACAAACUCGACAGUUACCGACCAUAUGUCAUUGGAAUUAAUAUAGCAGCUUAUGUCGGUCUGGAGUCGGUUUCGAGGGUGUGACUGUAUACUAUUACAAACCCGAUUCAUCUAAGGUAGAUAUGAAGUGAAAUCAAAAGUUGCAGAUGGUAUGGUAGAUAUAAUUUGCGGGGCAUCGUGGUCUAAAGUUUACACUCUCGUCUUUCAGUUAGAGGAACGUGGGUUCGAAUCCCAGGCAUGGCGCGUUUUCCUUCUUCAAGUAAUUUACCCACAUCCACAUUGUGCUGCACUCAACCCACUUGACUCAGAGGUCGAUGUGUACCCGGUGGGAUAAAUUUUCUGGAAUGCACCAGGCGCCUAAAGCAUCAGGAGCAAUAAAUUGUGCCAUUGAGGCAACUAGAUAUUCAGCGCCUAAUAAUUGGUAUAUGUCAGUAUAUUAUUAUAAUUAUCAUUAUUAUUAUUACUACCAUCAUCAUUAUUACUAUUAUCAUCAUCAUUAUAUGGUGAAGUAGCUUACACAAUUCAAGUGACAUGUGCUACCAUCAGUGCAGUCCUAACCCCCCCCCCCAAAAAAAAAAAAAAAAAAAAAAAAACAGGCAGAAGAAUAAAGUAAAUUGAAUACUGAUUCGACGGCCAUAUUUUUGUGUUCACUUCUCUCUUUCCACAAUAAACUUGAUAAAAGAAUUCUUCCUACUAACCUCUCGUUAGUGAAUGCAUAAUUGUCUUUAUGUAUUAAUGCAGGAGUUUAUAAUUGAAAGCUUGCGGGCGAUACAAAAUUAAUGCACUGCCAUCCUCACUCUUUUGGAGGAGUAUGAAUAAUUAAGCAUUUCCCUCCCGGAGUUAUUUUAAUGAAAUAGUCAGGAGAAGCAUAUUUCACUUUGCUUUCAUUUGUCGAUCCCAGACGACUCAUCAAAUGGAUUUCGAACGUUUCUAUUUUCACAUCCAUAUCACACUCUCCUAUCGCACAGACGAUGAUUCCUGUGCAAUGCCAAAAACAAACAGGCGCCAUUUAUUUGAAGAAGUGGUUGCGUCUAAUGUAGAUAGAAAGUAUUUAAGUAUUUGGCUGGCGAGAAGUAGUUUUUUAUGUCUUGCCAAGGUCUGAGUAUCGAGGCGAUUUCAAUAGGGUCAAGUAUUAAGAUAUAUCGAGAUGUUAUCCCCGACCCUUUUGUUUUCCCUCUGAUUUCUUUUUGAAAAAUAAAAACAUUGAGUAAAACUUUUAUUUUCACAAAAGGUCAGGUUUAUCGUUCUCUCAAAACUUUCAUUCUUUAUCUUUUUUAUCUCUGAUUGAAGGAUAAAGAGUGGGCAAGAUAAUGGACAGUGAAGGAUCGGAUGAAAUAAAAGAGUGCAUAAUAAUAAUCCUAAUGAUAAUAUCACAAUACAUAAUUCAGAUGUAUAGAUGGAUAUUAUUGUUAAAUGGAAAAGUAUACCGCCCAUCAUGCCCAUGUUCUAAUGAAUCGCUUUAGCUUGUUUUCUUGCUUUAAUCUAUAAUAUAUAUUUUUGUUGCAAUAAAAUGAUGAGAAUGAUGACAUAUAGAGUUGAAUAAAAUAAUGGAGAGAAGUGUAAUGAUUGUACAAAAUGUUUUUUUCCCAAGAAAUUUGUUUUCUUUCUUCUUUAGAAAAAAAGUAAAGAUGUGCAUGUGCAGGAAGGACAUUUAUUAUCGAGAUAUCAUAUUCCUUUCUUUACCGGAUGUACAAGUGCAAUACUAUCCAUCGAUUUUUUUUUUUGCGUGCAGUAAGCGUAUAGUCAACUGUUUCGUUUACCUGUUUUGCAAUAGAAGUCGCCUGGAGCUGCUAAAGAUCCCCUCCUCUGCUUCGGCGUGUUGACUGCGUAUACUAUAUAUGCUCGUAUGAAGAAAAUAGGUCAUCUUAAAUCAAUGUUUUUGUAAGGUUGCAUUUUAUUCCUUUCGAUUUUUCGCCUCUUUCUUCACCCACGGCACUUUUCAUUUCUCAGCGUCCCUCUUCUUCAUGAGUGAAACGUAUUCUUUAUGGUUGUCCUAUACUGUAUUAUGAUUGGCUGUGUUGAUAUGGCAUUUGCUCGCGUUAAGGAUAUGAAAAGGAAAAUGGUUUCAACACCCUCACUUUGCCAAGGUACAAACAGCAAUAAAUAAUUCAUAUUCAUUUAUGAUUUGAUAUUCUUAAAGUUAGGAUUUUAACCUUGCCUAUACAUUUUAUUCCUACUUAGCUUUAGAUACUACGAUUUACGGACUCCAAAGUUUGUAUCUCGUAUCGAUUUGGAAGCAUAUAGAAGCAUCCAGGAAUAUUCAUCCUUCAACACAUCUCUCCAAUGAAUGCUUUGAUACAAUUUAUCUUUAUUUAUUUCUUUAAAAACUCGAUACCUAUUUAGAUUGUUCACAUUACCUGCUCACAAAAAAAUGUUUUACCCUUUAAUAUUGUAAUUCCGGUUUUAAUCUUCUCACAAACGGUCAUGUCCUUCAUUUUAGUAAGUAUGCC